AUGAAUCUCAAUGCGAAGGCGCUGCUGGCGAUGAUUUUUGUCUUUGUGGGCUGCUGCAGCAAUGUCAUCUGCCUGGAACUCAUCAUCAAAAUAGAUCCUGGAGCUGGCAAUCUGAUAACAUUUACGCAGUUUCUAUUUAUAGCGCUGGAGGGUUUGAUAUUCACCUCCAAGUUCUUUACCGUAAAGCCAAAGAUAGCGCUGAAGGAUUAUGUGAAGCUGGUGCUGCUCUUCUUCGGCGCCAAUGUGUGCAACAACUAUGCCUUCAACUUUAACAUACCCAUGCCACUGCAUAUGAUCUUUCGCAGCGGCUCGCUCAUGGCCAACAUGAUCAUGGGCAUUAUAUUGCUGAAAAAGAGCUACAAUCUGCGACAAUAUAGCUCAGUGGCUAUGAUCACUGUGGGCAUUAUACUCUGCACUUUGGUGUCCAGCGGCGAUGUCAAGGACAAUACACACCACUCGCUCAAGGCGGACAGCGCUUACUCCGCCUUUUUCUGGUGGACUGUGGGCAUUGGCUUCCUCACUGUGGCUCUGCUUAUUAGCGCCUACAUGGGCAUCUCACAGGAGGUGCUAUUCAAACGUUAUGGCAAGCAUGCCAGCGAAGCUCUGUUCUAUACACACAUAUUGCCAAUGCCUGGCUUCCUCGUCAUGGCCAGCAACAUUGCACAGCAUUGGAAAAUAGCUUUGUCCACGCAGCCUUUAGUCUUCUCGCUGCCGCUGCUCGAGUGGAAUCUCAACUUGCCGCUUAUGCUGCUCUAUUUGCUUUGGAACAUGGUUACUCAAUAUGUCUGCAUUAGCUCUGUCUAUGUGCUGACCACAGAGUGUGCCAGCUUAACUGUCACUUUGGUCGUCACGCUGCGCAAGUUUGUCUCGCUGCUGUUCUCCAUUAUAUAUUUCCAAAAUCCGUUCACUUUAAGCCAUUGGCUGGGCACCAUGCUCGUUUUCCUGGGCACUGUGCUCUUCGCCGAUGUCUUUAGACAGCUCUUUGAGUGCGCUAAAAGUCGCACCAAGCAGCUGGAGACUGAGAUAGAUACUGAAGAUACAGAAGCUCCAACAGAUCAGAGUAGAUUGCUCUAG